CGGAAAUACCAGGCUCCGCACGCCCGAUUUCGCGUUUCCUUUUCCGUCAUUAGUCAAAAAUCAAAGUAAAGACGAUUAUUCAGAUCAUCAAGACUGCAGACAAUCAUCUUACCAAAAACAACAUCCAAGGGGUCUCAGACAACAAGUAGCAAGAUGGCCGACUAGGGCGUGAUAGGGGCGGGGAUGGCGGUGGCAAUCGACGAACCGGUCAAUUUCGGUGAAGCAUGGGAAACUGCUCGUGCGGACAUCAGCAUCAUCCCCAUUGACGGCGAACUUCCAUCACCGCGGUUCGUAGAGUUUGCUCUAUGGGUUGCAUUCAUUCUGCAACAUCCUCCGGUGGAUGCAUAUGUCUACCGUGGUGGGGAUUACAUUCUCAAUGCGAGUUGGGUGGUCCAGAUUCUUCGGAACAACUGGUCCCAGCUGCACUACGGCGUCGGCAAUCGAAAGCGGAGCACCAUCGACAGCUUGCGCGAGUACGUGUCGAAUCCGCUCGGUCGACUGGUUGAGCUUGGACGUCUUGAGGAGACGGUGGUGAGGCUCUUGGGUACUACGGACACGACGCUCUGUACAAAGUGGCAUGGUCACUUCGGCCACUACCCUGCCUGCGCUGAAGUCGACAGUGGUAUCCAUCCCGAAGUGUUGCCCCUGACAGGUACGGUGCAGUGCACUAACAACUGUGGCAGGUCUCUCUGCUACUCUUGCGUGGGCCGAUCCGCUGCGGUCAAAGACCUCGAGUUUCCCCCUUGGCUCGCCACGGUCUAGAUCAAGGCGCAACCGUCAACUGCUGCCUCGAGUGUGCUGCAAGGACCCCUGGCAUUUGGGACCCCAAAAUGCAAAGCGUGGUUAACUGUCAGUGCCCGCUGAUCCCGAAAGAUAGCUGUAUCUGUUCGUGGUGCAGGAUCGAGUGGUGGGAGAAUUUGGGGAGGCUAAGGGCGGAGCAUGAACUGACAGCAGUCGAUAUCAACGGCCAGUUCGAGGUUCCGUGCCCGAGGUGUCA